AUGGCCGACAAGCAGGAGUUUGAGGAUUUUUCCGACAAUUCCUCCAUUGCGGAGGAGCUCGAUCUCUCCGACGAGUCCGACCAGGAAGUCGACGUCUUCAACCUCACCAAAGCUCCCGUCGCAGAGAAGGACGCCGAAGAGCAGGAGCUCGAGCGCCUGGUCCUGGGAAGCAAAGCGAGCUUCCGCCAAAAUCUCUUCAGCAAUGAUUCCCUGGCCGACUUUGAUCUUCUUGAGAAGGAACGCCAACUGCAGCUCACCAAGGCUGACGAGCCCAACCUCGAAGGCGUGGACGAUGCCGACCUUUUCUUUGUCGACGCCGCGCCCAGUGCACCCGGCCAGCACAGCACACAACCGAAGAAGACCGAAAAAGAGGCUGCAGCAUCGGCCGCCGCGCCGGCCUGGGAGGAUAGAGCCGAGUACGCACAGAGGCUUCGACGCCAGUAUCUGGCGCUGAAUCCUCUACCAAAGUGGGCCAGGGAAGCCGAGGGCAGGCCUGCUAAGAGGAGAAGAAGGUCGUCCGCUGCGGCAUCAGAUUCCUCUAGCAGCUCUGAAGAUGACGAUGCCGAGGAAAGUGACAGUGAGCUUUCUGCGGCGCCGCUGGAGAAGCUGUUGCGCGACGUCGGCCGUCUCGCGGGCAAGGACGACGGCAAGAAGAGGAGGCUGCGGCCCGAGGUCAUCGACAUUCAGCGAACCCGCCCCAUACCCGACACACACAAGGCCGCCGUCGGCAACCUCUCGUUCCAUCCCGAGUAUCCCGUGCUGCUCUCGUCGAGCGUCGCGUCGGUACUUUUCCUCCACCACAUCAACCCUACGGCACACCCGACACCGAACCCCAUGUUGACCUCGGUGCAGGCCAAGCAGAUCGAUGUCAGGAGAGCCGAGUUCCUCUACCCGGGCGGCUAUCAGAUUUUCUUCGCCGGCCGCCGAAAGUACUUCCACAGCUGGGACCUGCAGUCAGGCCUGGUGCAAAAGACGUCACAGAUUCAAGGCCACAAUGCCGAACACAAGUCGAUGGAGCGCUUCAAGCUCAGCCCCUGUGGACGGUAUAUGGGUAUUGUGGCAUCGUCGAGGAAAGGCGGUGGUAUUAUCAAUAUCAUCAGCGUUGGCUCAAGGCAAUGGAUCGCCGCAGCGCGCCUCGACAGCCGCCACGGUAUCGCGGACUUUGCAUGGUGGAGCACGGGCGAUGGCCUCACGAUACUCGGACGAGGCGGCCAGGUUGGUGAGUACAGCAUGGAAGAGCGAAAGUUCCUCGGCAUCUGGCACGACGAGGGCUGCAUCGGCGGCAUUGUCGUCGCGCUCGGUGGCCACCAGGGUCCUGCCAGCCUUGGCAACGACCGGUGGGUCGCUGUCGGCUCGAAUAGCGGUGUCACGAACAUCUACGAUCGUGCCGAGCUCUUCGCCACAAACAAGGCGGGCAUCAACACGAUCAAGGCAAACCCGGAACCGACACGUCGCUUCGAGCAGCUCGUCACACCCGUCACAGUCCUCACGUUCUCGCCUGAUGGACAGCUGCUGGCCUUUGGCAGCCAGCACAAGAAGGAUGCCCUCAAGCUUGCGCACCUGCCUAGCUGCACCGUGUACAGGAAUUGGCCGACAGAGAACACCCCUCUCGGACGGGUGACGUGUGUAGCAUUUGGAAGGAAGAGCGACCUGCUCGCCGUCGGAAACGACGUCGGUAAGAUCAGACUAUGGGAGAUUAUGAGCUAG